AGCGGACUGGCAGAUGUGUUGCUAAGUACAGCGACCUCCAGCUAUUACCAAGUGAAGCAUGAGCGAGGUGGUGGUCUGAGGAAGCGGGGGGCACCGGCGAAUUUGUGCUCACUACAACUUCGUGAUUCAACUGCAUAGCUAACAUGUCGGACUCAGCGUCCAGUUUCUUACACAUUGGAGACCUGGUGUCCCUGUACGCCGAGGGCACCGUUAAUGGCUUCAUCAGCACCCUUGGCUUGGUGGACGAUCGUUGUGUGGUGGAACCAGCCGCCGGAGACCUGGAGAACCCGCCCAAGAAGUUCAGAGACUGCCUGUUCAAGGUAUGUCCGAUGAGUCGCUACUCAGCACAGAAGCAGUUCUGGAAGGCCAAACAGGCCAAACAUGAGAAGGACAAGAUUGGCGACGUGGUUUUGCUGCAAAAACUUCAGCAUGCAUCAAACUUGGAGCAGAAGCAGAACGAAACGGAAAACAAGAAGAUUCAUGGAGACGUGGUGAAAUAUGGAACCGUCAUACAGCUCCUGCACAUGAAGAGCAACAAGUACUUGACUGUGAACAAGCGUUUGCCGGCCCUUCUGGAAAAGAACGCAAUGCGCGUCACGCUAGCUGGGACUGGCAAUGAAGGCUCCUGGCUUUUCAUACAGCCUUUCUGGAAGCUGCGUGCCAAUGGAGACAAUGUAGUGGUGGGGGACAAAGUCAUCUUGAACCCUGUCAACGCUGGCCAGCCGCUUCACGCAUCAAACUACGAACUGAAUGACCACCCAGGCUGUAAAGAGGUCAACUCUGUAAAUUGCAACACCAGCUGGAAGAUCAACUUGUUCAUGCUGUUCAGUGACCACAGGGACGAAGUGCUCAAAGGCGGCGAUGUGGUACGUUUGUUUCAUGCGGAGCAGGAGAAGUUUCUGACAUGUGACGAGUACAAGACUAAACUUCACGUUUUUCUGCGCACAACCUUGAGACAGUCGGCCACAUCAGCGACCAGCUCAAAUGCUCUGUGGGAGGUUGAGGUUGUCCAUCACGAUCCGUGUCGCGGAGGGGCAGGACACUGGAACAGUUUGUAUCGCUUCAAACACCUUGCCACUGGAAAUUACCUGGCAGCAGAGGAGAAUCCUGGUUAUCGAGGGGACAGUUCAGAGAUGUCCUCCUUGAUGGAAGGAAGUCGCAGCAGCAAGCGUUCGCAUGGCGAGAAGAUCAAAUAUAAGUUGGUGGCCAUGACACAUGGCAACGACAUUGCCUCCCUCUUUGAGCUGGAUCCGACCACUUUGCAAAAGACCGAUUCUUUUGUUCCGCGGAACUCGUAUGUCCGCCUGAGGCACCUCUGCACCAAUACGUGGAUCCAGAGCACCAAUGUCCCCAUCGAUGUUGACGAAGAGAGACCCAUCAGACUCAUGUUAGGAACGUGUCCCACCAAAGAGGACAAGGAGGCAUUUGCCAUCGUCUCGGUUCCUGUGAUGGAGAUUCGGGAUCUGGAUUUUGCCAACGACGCGAGUGCCAUGUUGAGCAUGGUGGUGGACCAGUUCAUUCAGGGCUUCAUCAGCCAAAACGACCGCCGCUUUGCCAUCAAGCUGCUAGAGGAUGUGGUCUUCUUCGUGGUAGAUAUUGUCAACAGCGGUCAACCAAUAUUGGACGUCACUAUGACCAAAGCCAAUCGCGAGAGGCAGAAGCUAAUGAGGGAACAGAACAUCCUUAAGCAGAUAUUUGGCAUCCUCAAGGUUCCUUUCCAGGACCGUAGUGGAGGAGAGGGGCCUCUGCUCCGUCUGGAGGAGUUGGCUGACCAAAAGAACGCUCCAUACCAGUACAUGUUCCGACUCUGCUACCGUGUCCUGCGACAUUCCCAGGAGGACUACCGCAAGAACCAGGAGUACAUCGCCAAGCAGUUUGGCCUGAUGCAGGGUCAGAUCGGCUAUGACAUCCUGGCAGAGGACACAAUCACCGCACUAUUACAUAACAACCGCAAGCUGCUGGAGAAGCAUAUCACCAAGACCGAAGUGGAGACCUUUGUUAACCUAGUCCGAAAGAACCGUGAGCCCCGUUUUUUGGACUACCUAUCGGACUUGUGUGUCUCCAACAACGUGGCCAUCCCCGUCACUCAGGAACUCAUCUGCAAGUGUGUGCUUGAACCCAAAAACCAGGACAUCCUCAUCAAGACAGAACGGCGGGUGCCUAAAGAUGUGGCCCCUGUUGAAAUCCCCACGCAGCAUAUGGAAAUCGACGACUAUGUAGAUGAAGAUGAGGUGUGGCUGGUGUGGGCCGACAAGGUCAAUGAGAAGCAGGAGAAGAGCAUAAGGCAGCUUGCUCAGGAGGCCGGUCAAGGCAAUGCCCAUGACGAGAACGUACUUACCUACUACAGGUCAGCUCUCAAGUCUCCCAAAAACGUUUUCAUCAAAUAGUUUUCUUGUUUUUUCCCAAUAAUCGAAGAGUCUUAUGUUUCCAAUUCCCAAAAACUGAUCUUGAUAUCCCAAACCCGUAGUGUUAUAACUUGAACUACAAUAAUAAUAAUCCAGUCACAAGACAGGUUUAUGAGUGCA